GCAUUCAAUUUCAAAUUCACUUCCUCUUUUGCUUUAGGUCGAUGUCAGUGUCAGUUUAGAUCUCGUUUGUGAACAAUGUCAAAAAGAGGCAGUAGACCAUUGCCUGAGGUCCCGAAAACAACAGUGCUUGCGUCGGGCGCAUACGAGUCUAUCAACACACAAGCCAUGACUGCUAGUGAUAAGAGCAGUCUAAACGAACUUCCCGUACUUGAUGAAUGUGCCGUUAUGGUGAAGAAUGUACCUGACGCCUAUAUGUCGGAGGAAAUGUUAGAAAUGUUUUUCGAAAGCAAACCGUUCAAUCAAGUCCCAUCUGUGAAAAAAGUGGUUCUGUUAGGAAACAACGAGGCGACGGUGACAUUUGAUAACCCGGAAGACGCUAGAUUCGUGCUAAAAACGCACCGCGAAAAUCCGUGCGAGUUAAAGGGACAUAGGCUGACAAUUCUUCCAAUGGCGCCAGUGGCUACACCUGUACCGGAAAACCAGUACUCGGACGAGUAUGUUAAACAAACCGAUGACUCGAGACCUUCAUAUGAACAGAGAAACGACCAACAAGACAAUCCUUCGGGAGAGUAUUGUCAACUAACCGAUGUUCGUAGAUCUUCAGGUGAUGAAAAAGAAAGAAGCUACAAAGACAACCAUGCGGACGAUUUUGACACCGUUGAGGUUACGGGAUUUACCGAUGAAGUGUCUGACGAUUGUCUGAGGUAUUACUUCGAGAACACAAACAAAUCACGCGGAGGGAAGAUUGGGGCAUUUAGUCGCUCAAAAGGACAUGCCUUCAUUACUUUUGAAGACAAAUCAUCUGCACGAAAUGUAGCACAAGCAGAACAUAAGCUUUGGAAAUGUAAACUGAACGCGGUACCUGUUCUUAUCAAUCACAAAGCAGUUAUGUUCACACAUUUACCUGAAGAACUCAGCGAGGAAGAAUUUGCCUUAUUUCUCGAAGCAAAACUUCAUCUUGUCGAGGCUCCCACAAUUGUUAUAUCUAGAAGAAAAUUAACUGCUGUUGCUGAUUUCAACUCUCCUAUAGAAUUCAGUAAAGCUGUCGAUGCGUGCGCUAAACAUAAACUGAAAGGUAAACAUAUUGAGGCCCAUCCAGUUCCGGUCAGCAGGUCUAUAGUAGGUUAUAAGCUGCCAGAAGGAUGCACGCACGACAGCGUGCUGUUCUACUUUGAAAACACGAAACGCAGCGCUGGUGGACCUGUUCAGAGCGUGGAAUCCGAGCAUUUGGAGGACGGAUAUUGUAUUGUGCACUUCGUGGACCAUAACGUGGUCGAAAGCGUUUGCAAUAAGACGGACCAUACGUUGAACUCGGUAACAAUAAAGGUGGCACCCUUUCGUCGUGAACUAGGCUUACCAGACGAAUGUGAAGCAGCGGUUGGAGAGUAUUGCCGACCGAUCGAUGUGCGUAGAUCUUCAGGUGAUGAACAAGAAAGACGCGACAAAGACAACCAUGCGGACGAUUCCGACACCGUUGAGGUUACGGGAUUUACCGAUGAAGUGUCUGACGAUUGUCUGAGGUAUUACUUCGAGAACACAAACAAAUCACGCGGAGGAGAGAUUGAGGCAUUUAGUCGCUCAGAAGGACAUGCAUUCAUUACUUUUAAAGACAAAACAUCUGCACGAAAUGUAUCACAAGCAGAACAUACGCUUGGGAAAUGUAAACUGAACGCGGUACCUGUUCUUAUCAAUCACAAAGCAGUUAUGUUCACACAUUUACCUGAAGAACUCAGCGAGGAAGAAUUUGCCUUAUUUCUCGAAGCAAAACUUCAUCUUCACGAGGCUCCCACAAUUGUUAUAUGUAGAAGAAAAUUAACUGCUGUUGUUGAUUUCAACUCUCCUAUAGAAAUCAGUAAAGCUGUCGAUGUGUGUGCUAAAUAUAAACUAAAAGGUAAACACAUUGAGGCCCACCAGGUUCCCGUCAGCAGGUCUAUAGUAGUGUAUGAGCUGCCAGAAGGAUGCACGCACGACAUCGUGCUGUUCUACUUUGAAAACACGAAACGCAGCGCUGGUGGACCUGUUCAGAGCGUGGAAUCCGAGCAUUUGGAGGACGGAUAUUGUAUUGUGCACUUCGUGGACCAUAAAGUGGUCGAAAGCGUUUGCAAUAAGACAGACCAUACUUUGAACUCGGUACCUAUAAAGGUGGCACCCUAUCGCCUUGAACUAGGCUUACCAGACGAAUGUGAAGCAGCCGUUGGACCACACAAACGUAGUUUUACUUUAGACGAAGAGUCAUACGACCAAUACAAGCUGAAGUAUUUCAGAAAACAACCGGCGAUGCAGGUCAUAUUAAAUGAAGAAUUACGGAUGUUUUCCGCAUCCGUGAACUACUCGGAUGACAAUGUAACUGUUGAAUGUACCGUUGCAAAAUACGACCCGGCAUUCCGUAAGCUUAAGAACUGGGAAGAGACGACAAGGAAAAUUGUACACGAUGCUUUUGAACGAGUCGUAGUGAAGAAGCGUUCAGUUGAUAGCGAAAUGUGGGCGCCAGUAAAGGAAGGUUUGCAGAAGGUUAUAAUUUCAGACCCCGAUCGUGUAGCUCUUUUCAUGGAAAACAAUAAUGGAUUUAUUAUACUUGUUGCAGAAGAAUCUAUUAUAGAUUCUACAUGGAUAGCAGUGUUAGAAAAUAUAGAGGCCACGGAAACAACUUAUAAAGCGGGCAAAGAGGCGGUUUCUCAGAUUAUUUCGAUUAAACGUUUCAAAGGAGAAUACUUGAAGAAGUCAGGUUUUGAUAAGCACACACAUGCCGUCCGGAUGGAAUAUUGUGAAAAAGCACCUUACAUGGAGAUCACUCUAACAGGUAAGAAGAAGGAUGUAGAUGAAUGUACUCGGAAUAUUUAUAUGGAAAUUGAAGACAUCGAAUCGAAGAAAAUUUCACUUGAACCUGAGCAUGCUCGUUUACUUAAGCGUAUGGAUAUUCAAAAGGCUAUAACAAAGGAAAUGAACACAAAAAAUCUCACUGAUAUUUGGGAAAUCUAUGAAGAUUCCGUUAUUAUGUACACCAAAGAAAGAGAUGAUUUACAAAUGAUGGAACAUAUAAUUGUUCAUGCAGUGUCCAAAGUUGUUGUAACAUUAGAUAAACAUUCUUUAGAAGCCAUUUCUUCCGAAAAAUGGAAAACUUUGGAAAACGGGUUGAGGUCUAUGUGCAAAUACUGCCUAGAGAUCAGGAUUGAUGAUAAGCUGAUGCAGUUAUGCAUCUUUACCACGCCAACUAUGGAGGAUAAAGUACAAGAUGCCGUUGAAGAAUUUCGAAGCAAAAAUGUUGUUUAUAUAGAAAGCUUCUCGGUUGAUGCCUCAAGGGCAAAGUUCAUGAAAGAACACAUGGACACAGAGGUGUCGCAAAUAAGAAAGAGUGUAGAAAAAAUUGACAUUCUCAGCAACGGAUGCAUUGAGAUAGAAGGAACGUCAGCAAGUAUAAAACCGGUAAGGAAAGCGUUGGUUGCGUUGGCAGACAAACUACUUGCUGAAGCGCACGAAAUCGAGAAACCGAACAUCAAACAGUACUUUUGUUGUAAUAAGGGGAUGGAGUGCAUACAGAAGGCAGAGUCACAUGGGCCAUGCGUUAUCGAGUCGAAAGAAUCUGGGUUUUCCACAUCAAUUCGGAUUGGGAUAUCCGAGGGCCGUAAAAUGACAUUUAAGAAACCGACACCAUGCGCAGAGGUGACUGUAAACGGAACAAAGAUAAGUGUCGUUGCCGGAGAUAUAACUGAACUAAAAGUUGACGUGUUAGUAAAUGCUGCAAACCGGACGUUAAAGCACAGGGGAGGGCUUGCUCGAGUCAUCCAGGAAAAAGGAGGAGAUGCGGUGACUACAGAUUCAGAGAAGAGAAUACAACAGGAAGGCGACGUGAAAGAGGGCGAAGUAUACAUGGGUGUUUCUGGAAACCUUGGUUUCAAGGCGGUGGCUCACGCGGUAGGUCCGCAGUGGAAAGGAGGAAAGGACAGCGAGGACAAGCUGCUCAGAAAUGCUAUUCUCAACUGCCUUAAGGAGUCUGAGAAGGGUGGCUAUAAGUCCAUUGCCUUUCCGGCUCUCAGCGCCGGCAUGUUCAACUAUCCAAUUGACCAGUGUUGCAAAGAAAUUAUAGCUGCAAUCGAUGGAUACUUAAAGGACCACAAAUUCAAUGAAGUUAUUUUAUGUGACAUCAGUGAAAACACGGUGAAAACAUUCUGUGACGCCCUUCUUGCGCAAUACCCGAGUACACAUAUUUUAUUGAAAGUAGGAGAGACCGGGUUAGGGGGACAAAUAGAUAUUCAUAAUAUGCAAUCGAGGCCGUCAUCGAGGCGAUCCAGACGAAGGACAGAACAUAGUUCAUCUAAUGAAGUGUCGUUUGGCAAAGUGAAAGUGGAAGUAGUAAAGUCAGCAUUGGAACAGGAGCAGGUUGAUAUUAUAGUGAAUUCUGCAUCGGCGGACUUGAAAUUAAACAAGGGCAUGUUAUCAAGGGCCCUGUCGGACGCGGCGGGCCAGGGCCUUCAAAGUGAACUUGACUCCAUGUAUCCCCACGGCAUACAAGCAGGGCGGGAAGUUGCAAGCACUGCAAACUUUCACCUUCCCUGCAAACACAUUUACCACGUGGCUGUCAAACAGUAUUCGUCCACAGACGAUCUUAAGAGUAUUGAACAUGUGGUUUCGGAAUGCUUGAAACUGGCCGACAAAGACGGACACAGUUCAAUCGCCUUUCCUGCCAUCGGCACAGGCGCUCAGAAGUUCCCCAUAUCCGACGUGGCCAAAACGAUGCUUUCCAGUGUAGAUUGGUUUUCCAGGCAUUAUAACAAGUCAUCCGUUGUGCUUGUUAGAAUAGUUAUCUACUACAAGGACGAUGCUGUAUAUCAGGCAUUCGUCGAUGCCUUAAACGGUGCACAGGGAGCGUCUGGAGGGCCAAGCGAUGCAUCUACUGGUUCAAGUAAUGCAUCAAACCAUGUACAGAUCGGAAGUCUGAAUCUGAUCGUUGUUCCAGGGGACAUUACAUCUGAGCGUGUUGAUGCUAUUGUUGCAAGUUGUAGCAAAGACCUCGAUUUGGACAAAGGUCAAGUUACAAAAAUAAUUCGAACAAAGGCAGGAAAUGCUUUACUUCAGGAUGGAAAUUUUAGAAAAGAAACCAUGGAAAAAGAAGGGCUUGUCAUGACUGUUGGAGGCAAUUUACAUGCCAAACAUGUGAUUUUUGUUAAACCUCAAUCAAACCCAUCUGCGUGGCAACCUUUUAUUCUCGCCGCGCUUCGAAAAGCUGCAGAUGAGAACUUAAAAAGUAUCUCGUUUCCAGCCCUUGGCACAAACUACGGAUGCAAACCUUUUGAUAUUGGACUUACACUGCGCUCUGCAAUUGAGGACUUCAGCCAGCAAACAGUGAAGAAUCUCACAGAUGUCCGAGUCGUAGUUUUUCAAGCGGACAUGAUAGCUGAUAUUGUCAUGGGCCUUAACAAGGCUGGUGCUAGUCAUUCAAAGCGGCGGCGUUCAAAAUCACCAGUUCAAGAAAGCAGGAGUACCCGACCACACAACAAAGACGAAGAUAACGUUCAAUUUACGAUUUAUUCGUCUUCCAAAGAUGGAAUUAAACGUGCCAUCGAAAGUAUAGACCAAACAAUCAAGGAUGAGUGGGUAAUGGCGCCUAUCAGUGAUUGUAAACCUAUACUAAACAAUAAGCAGAUAAAAGAACUGGAGAUGCAUGCAGCAAACAACCACGUUGCACUCACUGUCGAUCAGCGGGAAGCUAAAAUCUGUAUCAUUGGACUUAUCGUGAACGUUUCAAACAUGAAGGAUCAAGUUCACAUCAUGCUAAGAAAUGCCGAUAAAUACAAGCACGAACAAGAAAUCGCCGAAUUACUGCAGUCUGUGGUACAAUGGGUCUUCUUAAAAGAAACAAAAACAGUGGAGUUUGACAAAACGACGAACCAGAUCAUCGAGCAAGCGUUCAUGCAAAAUCAAAAGUCUGUUCCGUUUAAGGUGGGUCUCAGUUACUAUACAAUUGAUUUUGACAAGAUGAAGGAGUGGGAUGUGAAGAGUCCAGGAACUAAAUACCCAGUACUUCGGAGAGAUCUGCGAAACGAAACUAAAUUAGACAUUCCGUCUCAUUGGAGCGCCAUGAACGACCCUGUUCAAGUUGAAUGCGUUACGUUAUCGAAGAGCGAUAAGGAGUUCGUGCAAGUUGAACAAGAAUUUUCAAAGUCGAUGGGUCAAGAAGGGCAUAUUACUAAGAUCGAGCGAAUACAGAACGCAACACUCUAUACGCAAUACCUAGCCAAGAAAAAACAAAUGCAGACGUCCUGCAAGAGAGAGAACGUGGAACACACUCUCUGGCACGGAACAGCCCAUGCCGCCGUCAAAAGCAUCAACGCUCACGGAUUCAAUAGAAGCUAUUGCGGAAAAAACGCAACCCUAUUUGGUCAAGGCGUCUAUUUCGCAGUGAGGGCAGCGUACUCAGCCCAACCCAAAUACUCGCCGCCCGAUUCCGCUGGUCACAAGCAAAUGUAUCGCUGCCUCGUUCUGACGGGAGAUUGCACGCGAGGUGCUAAGGACAUGCGAGCACCCCCUGCAAAGAACCAAGCAGUGCCCCAUAUUUUAUAUGAUUCCGUCUCGGACAAUCCUGGAAGACCAGAAAUGUGUGUCAUCUUCAACGACACGCAGGCUUACCCCGCACACUUAAUUACAUUCAAAUAAACUUUUGAAAUCUGUGCGAAUCCCACUUACAAAAAAAACAAUGUUAUAGAAAAGUGUAGAGAACUAGACCAAUGAAUUUCCUGCAAUGUGAAGGGAGAUUGUUGGUCAAUGUGUCCACUGUAAAAACACUUUAAGUUGAAUAUAUUUCUCUAAUUCACAAAUAAGUAUACGGUAUAUCUAUGUAAUAACACUUUUAACCAAGAUUUCUUGCUAUAAUUUUCACUGUACGAAAAUUAAAAGCCUAUCGAAUUCCGCAUAUUUACUAUUUAGAAAAGACACAUAUUCUGCAAAUUUCUAAAUGUAACUUUCUACUGUUGGAUUGUUUUCGCGUUUCAUUAAAGUAUUGUGUCGAUUUUUGUGUGAGUUAAUAUCUUACAUUCAAACCCAGCUUAGAAUUGCACAAUUAUUUAAAUUCAUUAAGUAAAAAGUUAUUAAAAAUUUGAUUUAGUGGCAUAUUGAUGUGCAUUGUUUCUACAACUCUAAGAAAGCAUGUUUUAACUAUAUAAGAUAUUAGGAAUGAAACAUAAAAGAAGCAA